CUGGCGGCAGCCUAGAUUUUUAUUUAGUCAUACGGGUAACUCUCUUCUGCCUUAGUCCUGCCUGGACUAAGUCCUUUUGGACUUGGAGUGCAUCAGAACAUAAACCUCCCGAGGGAAGAGCCGCCCUCUACACAUGAAAAUGUGUUAGACUUUGGUAGUUCACAUGCUCACGGUUUUAAAGUUUCUUUUAAAAAUUUUAAUGCCGUAUUUUUAAAAUGGUCCAUCCCUACUCCCAGUAGCGAACUGAAAAUCUCCCUCCGCGUUGCCCACCCACGAAGCACCAAGCGGAAAAGGCGGGGCUCGCACCCUGCCACUAAGGGGCGGAGAAGCCGCUCGGCGAUCCCUUAUGGGAAUGUACGCUUCACCUCUUUCGCUUCUUCGGCAUCACACCUUAAAUCAUCGUCUUAGGAGCCUUUUUAAACACCUGAAUGUAUUUGCAUGGCGGAGAGACCACAACAUCAGGCGAUUUCACCUCCCCCUUUAAACUACAGGGCGCCGCCAUCUUGAGCAGAAAUAUACAAUGGGGGUUGCCGUUUUGCUUGAGCCGGCGGGAAUUUCCGGUUCCGGCGGGGGGCGGUUGUUCUUUCUUUUUCUCCGCAGGGCCGCGGCGGGAGUGGCUGUGGUGCUCGUCUCUCUGAGCUAUCCGGAGCCAUCCUCAUUGCCGCGGCGACACUCGCACCCGCCGUCACCAUGACUGAGCAGAUGACCCUUCGUGGCACCCUCAAGGGCCACAAUGGCUGGGUAACCCAGAUCGCUACGACCCCGCAGUUCCCGGACAUGAUACUGUCUGCUUCUCGCGAUAAGACCAUCAUCAUGUGGAAGCUGACCAGAGAUGAGACCAACUACGGUAUCCCGCAGCGUGCUCUGCGGGGUCACUCCCACUUCGUUAGUGACGUGGUCAUCUCCUCAGAUGGCCAGUUUGCUCUCUCAGGCUCCUGGGACGGAACCCUGCGCCUCUGGGAUCUCACAACGGGCACCACCACGAGACGAUUUGUAGGGCAUACCAAGGACGUGCUGAGUGUGGCCUUCUCCUCUGACAACCGGCAGAUUGUCUCUGGAUCCCGAGAUAAAACCAUCAAGUUAUGGAAUACUCUGGGUGUAUGCAAGUACACUGUCCAGGAUGAGAGCCACUCGGAGUGGGUGUCUUGUGUCCGCUUCUCACCCAACAGCAGCAACCCUAUCAUCGUUUCCUGUGGCUGGGACAAGCUGGUCAAGGUAUGGAAUUUGGCUAACUGUAAGCUGAAGACCAAUCACAUUGGCCACACGGGUUAUCUGAACACGGUGACUGUUUCACCAGAUGGAUCGCUUUGUGCUUCUGGAGGCAAGGAUGGCCAGGCCAUGCUAUGGGAUCUCAAUGAAGGCAAGCACCUUUAUACACUAGAUGGUGGGGACAUCAUCAAUGCCCUGUGCUUCAGCCCUAACCGCUACUGGCUCUGCGCUGCCACAGGCCCCAGCAUCAAGAUCUGGGACUUAGAGGGCAAGAUAAUUGUAGAUGAACUGAAGCAAGAAGUUAUCAGUACCAGCAGCAAGGCAGAGCCACCCCAGUGUACCUCUCUGGCCUGGUCUGCUGAUGGCCAGACUCUGUUUGCUGGCUACACAGACAACCUGGUACGUGUGUGGCAGGUGACCAUCGGUACUCGAUAGAAAUUUACAGCAGAGCUUUUAGAAAUAAACUGGUUUUCUGA